UGUUUUUUCAGCGCACCUGGUUACUGUACUUCAUGUAAUUGUAGGUGUAAUUACUGUGUCAUGGAGAGAGAAAAGUGGAAUAUCACUCGCAGCAAUUUAAGGAAAAGGGCUGUUAAAAGAGUCACCCAGUUUAUGAAAUCUUUGAAUGAUGAGGAUAUGGAUUGUACUAAUGAAGAGCAUAGUGUUGAAAAUGAAGUAGUUACUUCAAGCUUUGUUUUGCCACCAAUCUGUAGAUCAGAAAGUGAUGGGGAAAGUGAAUCAGCAAGUGACGAGGAUAGCCUUGAUAUUACUAAAGAUUUAGCGGGAUGUUUGAGAGACUGGGCAACACAUUUUCGCAUUUCAUUGAUUGCUUUGUCUGCCCUUUUGUCGAUACUGAAAGUCCAUCACCCAUCUUUGCCAAAAGAUGCAAGAACAUUACUCAAAACACAGACUCAACAUAGUGUUGUUUCCUUGGCGAGUGGAUCAUUCCAUUACUUUGGUAUACAGAAAAUGUUCAGCCACAUAUUUCAGAAGCUUACAUCAGUUGUCCGGAAUCAUCACAGCUUCAAAUUGCAAUUAAACAUGGAUGGUCUUCCAAUUUUUAAAAGUUCAGGUGUACAGUUCUGGCCAAUUUUAGGAAUGCUCCAGGCUUACAGUAGAAAACCUGUGCUGAUUGCUCUUUACUGUGGGAAAUCGAAGCCUCAGUCCUUGUCAGAAUAUCUGAAGGAUCUGGUCUGUGAGUUGAAAUCCUUGAGCACUGGUUUUGUUGUUAAUGGAAAGACCUUCUUCUUGACUGUGUGCUCGGUAAUCUGUGAUGCUCCUGCGAGGGCUUUUAUUAAGGGUAUUAAGUCACACAAUGGAUACAGUGGCUGUGAUAAAUGUGUACAGUCUGGCAUUUACAUUAAUAAUCGCAUGACAUUCCCAGAACUUAAUUCUAGGGUAAGAACCGAUGUUUCUUUUUCAAAUGCAGAGGAUGAAGACCACCAUGUACAACAUUCCCCAUUUUGUGAAACAUCUGUUCCCAUGGUUAGUGGAUUUCCACAUGACUAUAUGCAUUUAGUGUGCUUAGGCGUGGUGCGUCGUCUGCUUGAUUUGUGGAUGGGAACUCGCGGCAAGUUGAGUUACCGUAUUUCAUCCAGGCAAGUGUCUAUCAUUUCUGGCAAACUGCUUGCUCUCAAGAGUUACAUACCCUCUGAAUUUGCUAGAAGACCAAGGGCACUUGAUGAAAGGUUACGAUGGAAAGCAACAGAACUUAGGCAGUUCUUACUUUACACUGGUCCAGUAGUUUUGAGGGAUGUGCUGACUACUGAGGUUUACCAAAAUUUUAUGUUGUUGUCUGUGGGCAUAUAUAUCUUGGCAAGUCCAACAUAUUGUUUGCUGUUAAAUGACUUUGCAAACACACUACUUAGAUCAUUUGUUAAGCAUUUUGGGGAACUCUAUGGUCAUUGUUUUUUAGUGUACAACAUACAUGGUCUGACUCAUCUCAGUGAUGAUGUGAAGGUGCAUGGCCACUUAGAUUUAAUUUCAGGGUUUCCUUUUGAAAACUACUUAAAAAAAAUUAAAGGAAUGGUUAGAAAACCUAGCUCACCACUGCAGCAAGUUAUACGCAGAAUUUCAGAACUUGAUUCAACAAGUUUAAAUGAUGAGGAAACCCGGAAAGCUCACAAAAAAAUGAAAAUGCUGCACUCAGAUGGACCUGUUCCAGAAGGAUUCACAGGAGCGGUCUCCCAAUUUAAGGAACUGUCGAUAGAUGAGGUUGUCAUCAACACAUCAGAGAGGGACAGAUGUAUAAAGAUGAACAAUAAGAUACUAUUGGUUCAGAAUAUAAUUGUCUUUGAAGGUGAGGAAUAUAUUGUCUGCAAAGAAUAUAGACACAUUGCAAAGUUCUUUGAUUAUCCCAUUGAGUCCACAGAUUUGGGAAUUUGUUUUGUGUCAGAUCUGUCACCAAAGCUGAUGUGCUUAACAUUAGAUACCAAUAUGCAGAAGUGCGUCCGGUUGCCUUUGGAGGUUGGAUUUGUUGUCAUUCCACUUCUUCAUGCAGACCCAUCCUAAAUGUCAUUCAUAGCGUGGUGUUUUGGUAGUCUUUAAAUCUGAAUUUUAGAUAGUCCAAUCUUUUUCAAAUUGAAUUAAUUUAUGUGCAGAUUGGCAUUUAGACAGCAGUGACAGAGUCCAGCCUGCCUUGGGUUAUUUCAGUAGGUCAUGUUUUACAUUGUAGAGUUUCUAGAAACCCAAGAAGUUGAAGUGGUACCAGCACUUUGGGUUGAAAAGGAAAUAUGUCAAUGGCCAGCUCAAUACAGACGUGAUGAAUUAGUAAAGGCCAUACGAAGUGAGGAGCAACCUGGACA